ACAAAUUGAUGGUUUUAGAUCAGGUGAAGCACCCAAAGACAGAAACUGGUCAUAAAAAUGUGGGCCUUCUUGGUGCUCACUUUGGCUCUCGCUGUUUCAGCAACAGACAAAAAAAAUGACACUGAGGGUGAAGAGAAAGUUGUGAUCGCCAGAGGGAAACUACUGGUGAGUAAACAGAAAUAAACUUAAGAGAAACAAAAACAUGAAAAUUGAUCAUUUUACUCCAAAUAAUUGGAAAGUUUGCAAAAAUGUAAGCAAUUUAGACAAUUACAGCAUUACAUCUUGUUGUUUGUCUGCUCAGAUUUGUUUGGAGUUUGCAUGAAUAUUUGAAUGAAAUAAAUUCCUCCGAGCUCGACUUAAAUUAAUUUACUAGACAUUAAACUGAUUUGACUUGACAAUACUUGCAUUACUUUGUUUUCAACCAUAUUGAGCAGACCUGACUUAAAUUGCAUCAAAUUAAAUUAACUUGAAUUGUCCUGACCUGACUUGAAAGUACGUAAAUUAAAUUGAAUCAUGCUAACUCACUCAACUCACAUGACUUCAGAUGAUUUGUAUUGAAUUGGUUCAAAUUACUUUUUGAAUUCAAAAACUCCAAUUGGACUUGAAUAGACUUAACUUGGACUGGAUGAUACUAAAUGGACUACACAUUGCUUGAACUGGGGUUCCUUGACAUGACUUGAGUUCAUCUGAAUUAUUCUGAACUGACUUGAUUUAACUUUAAUGGACUUAAAUUGAAUUAAUUGAACUUGAUUGAAGCAAACUGACCUCAUUUGACUUGGAUAUAAAUCAAUUUCCAGGACUUGACUUAUGUUAAACUGACUUGAUUUGAAUUGAAUUGAAUUGAAUUGUAUUGAUUUAAUUGAUUGAAUCUCGAUUUGAUUCACUUGAACCAACUUGAAUUGUUAGGACUAGGCUUAAACUAAACUGAGCUGAACUGCAUUGAAUUAAACUAAAUGGAUUUUCAACAGGCUAACCACUAGAGGGGGUCAUAAGGUACCAGAGUCUCUUUCUCUCUUUAGUUGGUGCAACCUUUAAAAAAAGUCACUAUUUUCAACCGCAAAAUGUGUAUGACAGUAUUCUUUCUUUUUUUUUUUGUAUAAUCAUCACUUCUUUAUAUUGUAAAUGAUCUGCCCAUAUCAGUCUGAAAAAUAAACACAUAAUCAGUUUUUAAAUUCAAGGCAUAGGUUGUAAGAGAAGCACAGUGGACUUGGUGAUAUCAGGGUUCAUCAGGCCCAUGAGAAAUAAACUGAGUGAGAUGAGGGAGAGGCCCUGUGCUGUCAUGUCAGUGUGUACUCCUCAGAGACUCCAAACCUAUUUCUGGCAACUCUGAUCACAAAAAGACGACGUGUUCAAACACUAUUUUGUCACGCUGUUGUAACAGCCAUGUGUUAUUGUCCCUGCAGGCUCCCAGUGUGGUCGGAUGAGGCAUAAAGAAAAUGCCUGAGCUCCAUCAUUUCCUCCUGGAGCGCUGGGCUUUGUAGUAUCCUUGUGCUCUUUUGUUGGUAAAAAGUGACUUCUCCUUCAUAACAAAAAAAGCUCUACAGACUUUCUCAUGACCUCCUUUUUAAGCAAAACAAUGUUUCCAGCAAGUUGCCAGAUCUGCUGCCAGCUCCAAGAGCUUUCCAAAACUCCCCUCGUCCAGGAUGAAAUCAUGUUAAGUGAUUUUAAAAAUAGCCCGACAGAUGGAUUUGCUUUCAUUCUCCUAUGUCUACCUGUUGUUCUCCUUGAUCCCUUUUUUUCCUCGUUCAGCCACAACUUGGAGUAUGAUUCAUCGGAGGAGAAGAACCCCCGUCUGAUCCUCUAUAACGAAAAGGACGAGGUUGUACAGGUGAGAUGUGAGUCUGCGCCGAGAUGGAGUUAAUCUUCGCAGAAAGUGGAGACGUAUUCAUGUUGAAACUCUCUGAGGUUUUCUGGUAUCAGAUCCUCACUCGGAUAAAAAGUGGAAACCAAGCGUGUUUGAGAAAGUGAGACAGAGUUACAAAAAGACAUAACAGAUGGUGAGAAAAAGGGAGGAAGUAAGUAGAUAAAUCAGGCCUUCUGACAGCUGAGAAUUACUUUCCAGUGCUGAAACUGGAUCGUUGGUAUGAAUACUGAUAGGUUUUUGAAGACUUUUAUGCCUUCAAGUUACAGCUCUCCAGAGUUGCUGUCUUGUUUUAACUCUUAAACCUGCAUUUAGACCAGAAUAAAACAAUGAGACCCUCCCUUUGACUGUCAUCUUCCUCUACAAAGAGCCACGGCUGUUAUUUCAAAAUAAAAGUCUUUCUUCUCCUUUUGUUCUUUUCUCUCAUGAAUCACAGGCAGGUGUUUUUCUUUUGUCACACUCGUGGCUUUGUGUUUGUACUACUAGUUUAUUGUUUUAUAAUGUGCACGCUGUGGGAUUUUAAUUUGACUUUAAAUGAAGAAUUAUUUCAGAGGCUAAAUUCUUGAACCAAUAAAUGAAAACUAAUGUGCCGCAGGAGCCUGCAAAUCAGCGAUGCAUGGACAAGUUUUAAUAAAAACCCAAUUUUGGAGAAGAGAAUUAAUGCAUCAUAAAGUAAUGGGGAUCAGAGCACACAGUAGGUCUGCAGACUCAAGUUUCUCCUUGCACAUCUGCAGAUUUUAUCCAUUUAUUAUUGUUUCUGUUUGUGUGCAGACGGUCCCUGUGAAGAAAAUGAAGUCAGACGAGAUCAGCAGCCUCUUAGACUCGCUUGGUUUCUACAAGAGGUCCCAGAAAGGGGAAGAGGUGCCAGAGGAGUUCCAGCACUUCCCCCUGCGAGCUCCCAGGGACGAGCUGUGAUGACACCCUGUGGCCAAAUGCUGCUGCUGCACCCCAGUCUGCAUUAAUGACGAGUGGGGCCCCAAGGCCUUGAAGAAAAGCCAGGCACCAUUCUGAGGAGUUGCUGGCCGGGUGCAGCAUGCAGUGUUAGUCACUGCUGUGUUGCUCUGUUUGUAUACUGGAUUAGAAUAAAUAAAAAUUAAAAAAAGCAGUAAAACACCGAGAUAAAUGACUGA